AUGCAUCUGACGCAGAAUGCUCAAAUAGAAGACUCUAAUUCUGUUUAUAAUGGUACCACCCAAACGGAACUUAUUCUGUGGCAGUUAAUUGGUCCAUUUUCAAUACUACUUCGAAACAUAGCUGUACCAUGGAUAUUUGUUGGCAUCCGUUUUGCUUUAUCGAAUGGUUUCUGGUUAAAAUUCGCACUUGAUUUCUUGUUCAUAGUGCUGCCAAUUAUUCUUUCGCUGACACUGUUCUCAGAUUAUCUCUCUGUGAUACUUCUAUUUCAAUUGGUUGCUUUGCUUUCUCUAAUAACUUUUUCGCUUUGUGAAUAUUGCUUUAUUGCACGCGAAAAACCUACAUUACAAGAAAUUUUCAGUCAAAUGGUUGACGACCAACAUUCACCUACCAAAUUCAUUACUUACAUGAGAUCUACGGGUCUCAUUGCAACUGCGGUUGCAAUUCUGUCUGUUGAUUUUGAUGUUUUUCCACGCCGUUUUGCCAAAACAUACAUUUAUGGUCGAAGUAUUAUGGAUCUGGGCACUGCAGCAUCCGUUUACUGUUUCGCUGUUGUUGAUGUUUUCAAGGAUUUUCCAAGCAGAAGCAAAUUUCCAUCAUUGCAAAGAAGACAUUUUUUCUGGAAACAUUUGCCAAGCAUUAUGUUGCUGUGCUUAGGUUUCGGAAGAACAUGUAUCGUACAACUAUUAAACUAUCCAGUACAACUUGUUGAAUAUGGGGUACAUUGGAAUUUUUUCAUAACUCUCGCUUUUCUCAGGAUUAUUGUGAAACUGCUUGGUCGUCGUUUUCAUUUGCUUUUCGGUGUUAUCAUCAUUUCCGUUUAUCAGUAUUUGUUGAGUGAAAAAAAUUUACAGAAUUGGCUGCUUUCGGAGGACAUCAAUAGAGAUACAUUUAUUGCAAUGAAUCGUGAAGGCAUUUUUUCCUUAUUUGGAUAUUUAUCAAUAUAUUAUUUUGCAUCCUGUAUUGCCAAUUUUAUGUUUUCCACGGGAACCUUCCAGCUACUUACGAUUGCUGCGCUUCUUUUCUUUGCUCAAAAAUUGGCUGAAAUGCUUAUAGGACCACCUUCACGGAGAAUUGCGAAUUUAUCUUAUAUCUUAGAAGUGCUGGUCUUCCAUACUGUUUAUAUGGCUAAUUUAUUAUUGGUACAAUUAGCUUCAAUCUUCGGAUGGGCUGCGCAGAUGCCGCAAUUUUCCAUUGAUGAAAAUCCUUUCGAACGUUUAAAGCCAUGUAUUCUUGAUUCAGUGAAUCGGUAUGGCAUGCCAUUUUUUUUGUUAGCGAACGUGCUCACGGGUCUCAUUAAUUUGACAAUAACAACAAGCUCUGUAACAAAUACCUAUCAUUCGACGACUCUUAUCGCUGCAUAUAUGUUCAUUUUAUGUGCAUUCAUUCAUGUCUAUACAAGGAUAACGUUUGUGCUCGAUAUGCUAUUUAUUGUGGUACCAGUAGCGCUAACCCUAACUUUAUUUUCGGAUUACAUACUGCUAUUAUUGUUAGCGCAAAUUAUAGUACUUCUGGUUUUUGUUAUUGUUUUAAUUUGCGAUCACUGCUUUAUUAAACGAAUAAAGCGAACAUACUGUGAUUUAUUCCAUCACAUUAAUGAUGACCACUAUUCACCCACAAAAUUCGUCACUUAUAUGAGAUUAUAUGGCUUACUUGCAACAGCUGGUGCCAUAUUAUCCGUUGAUUUUGAUGUAUUUCCACGUCGUUUUGCGAAGACGUCAGUUUUUGGUCGAAGUGUGAUGGAUCUCGGCACAGCUACAUUUGUUUAUUGUUUUGCUGUAGUUGAUGUAUUCCGACACUAUCCUGGAAGAGUGAAAAAUGUCAUCCAAAAGCAGCGGUGUUGCUCUUUGAAGUCAUCAUCGAGUGUUGUGCUAAUAAUGCUAGGCAUAGCACGAACAGUUCUGCUUCAUUUCACUAAUUAUCAGUAUCAAAUCAACGAGUAUGGCGUACAUUGGAAUUUUUUCAUUACUCUCGGAUUGUUACGGUUACUGCUAUUUACUGCAGUAAUAUUCGUAGCACAGGAAUUUGCUAUAAAGCUUGUGGGCCCACCAUCACGGAGAAUUGCUAAUGUGCCAUACAUUUUAGAAAUGAUAAAUUUGAAUAAAAAGGUUAGCAUGGGAAGAAAUGCUCAGUCGGAAGUGCAUUCUGAAACGAAAAUUGUCCUAGACUAUGGUGAGUGUUGA